AUGUCCGAGGUAGCAACAGUCGCUGGGGGCUCGGCAGUUGUUGCAGCAAGGGGCGUCCCGCCCGCCGGGCGCACUUUCAUGCCCCUCGCCCAAGGGCGGGAUAAGGCAAAGGCUGGCGGCAUUGGACGCGCCAAGCGCACGGGCAUCAAAAGGAAGAAUCGCCCAGGGGAGUCGUUGCGCUCAUUCACGCAGCGCUUCGUCGACCUCUACCUCCAGCUCCCAAAGGUCAGUGAAAGGCUGGUUGUGGACGCCUUCGACGCAGGGACCACCAACCGACAAGUUGUGGAAGAUCUGAUGCUCUCUCCAGGACCGAACACCAUCGCCCGGCUCUUUCAGAUUGCCUACAAGCAUGCCAACAGGGAGCUGUGCGAGGAUACCCCGUUAGAGCCCUCACGGCAAGGAAGGUCUCUCCGUCACUUCAGAUCAAAGUCUCCUCAAUGGCACCUCAAUCGCCGCCACUCCUCUUUUUUCCAUUCUCUUCGUUCUCCCGCUAGCCACAGCAACGUACGCGAGCAAGCGCUCGUCUCGUUCACCUCCGGCCGCGUCGCCGCGCUGCUGUGUCCCGCGUCUCCGCCUCCAGCGCGUCAAGCGUCUACGCCGCGGCCACGUCUGCGUCUCUCCGUCGACCAGAAACUGCCUUCGUCGCCUCCAUCUCGAGCUCGCGCCACUGCACGCUUCAUCGAGACCUCGUCGUCAGGGACUCCGUCGCCCCAGCACGCGCCGCCGCAACCGCAUCCGCAGCAGCCUCCAACCGUCGCCGUCCGCUCCAGGAGCUCAUGCUCAACGCCUCUGCUCUCCGACGUCUCCGUCGCGGACAACAUCGACCCAGCGCGACGGCCAGGCGCUGCACCACGUCUCUGCGUGUCCGCUGGCAGUCGCUCGUCCCGGCCUUCUCCAUCCUCGCCUCAAGGUCGUCGUUCCCAUCUGCUUCCAUGUUGGCCAAGUCCAAGGCGUGGCUUUUCCUGCUGGAUCUGCGUCACCAUAUUGUUGCUCGCCGGCCGGCCAGAUCUCCAUCUUUGGCUCGCUCAAGAAGUGUCGCCGCCGCCUUGGAACAACGGCAGCAGCGUAGCCAGCUGGUACGAUCCCUGUGCCUAUCGAUCAGGACUCAUGAUCAAAUCCCGUGGCACCCAAAUAAAAUAAUCAACCUUUUCUUUUCUCUCUUGCCAUGUGAACCGGAGGUCCCACCUGUCAUUGGUUGCAGCUAGUGUUCCCUUCGGUGAGAAACGCCUGCAGUACCGCUGUCCCAAUCAGCAUCCAGUCAGCG